GAAAAGAACAGCUUGCCGCGAUCUUCUGCUAUGACACUUCAAUGAACAACAGCCAUGGCUGCCUUCCGUAGACUUAUUUCCACAUCGACUAAUUUCUCAUCUACCUCAGGGAGAUUUGUAUUUUGGAAACAAACACCGAAGAGAACUAAGACAUUUAAACGUAUUGCAACUGGAGUAUGUAUCGCCACCGGAGCUGGUUUCGCGAGUUAUUACAAUGUCCAAAAUACACUGUCAAACCAAAUCGAUAAUGGUUUACUUCUCGCAUUACCAGAAGUAUCUGCUACAGAUAAGGCCAAGACAUUUGAUCUGGAUGAUGGGGAUGUGUACAUGUCGUCCCAUGAGGCCAGGUUUCGGUUGUUCAGCUCAGUGGAAUAUGAGGGACAGCUCUAUAUGACCCCACUGAACUUCAUUGAGUCUGUCACCAUGGGUGAGCCUAAGAAAAAGAGGAUUUGGAAGUCUCUAACAAAACAGGAGUUGGAACAGAUGCUGGCAGACACCCCUCCUGUUUUUAAAGGAUCAUCCAAUUUAUUCAGGAACCUACGUCACCGAGGCAUCAUCGGUUACACAGAGUAUCUAUUCCUGCUCUGCAUUUUAACAAAACCUCAUGCUGGCUUUAAGAUAGCUUUCAACAUGUUUGAUGCAGAUGGAAACAAAAUGGUGGACAAACGGGAGUUCUUGGUGCUUGAGGAAAUCUUCCGUAAGAAAAAGGAUAGAAAAGAAGCAGAUGAUGGUGCUCCAAGGUCUGACAAGCUGAACUUACAACUGUAUGGGAACCGGGAGUCCCGUGCACAGAGAGUCCUUAGAAAAGAGGCCCAGCAGUUAGAGCCCCGGGGCAUGUGGGAUGCUCUGAGAAAGGGGGCAAGCCAAGCUCUCUUUUCUGACCUGGAGAAUAUAGAUGAAAAUAUGACCGACACGACCCUGCUGGUUCAUUUCUUCGGGAAAAAGGGAAAGGCAGAGUUGGGCUUUGAUGAUUUUUACAGAUUCAUGGACAACUUGCAGACAGAGGUGCUUGAGAUUGAGUUCCUGUCCUAUUCCAAAGGCCUGCCUAUCAUCAGUGAGGAGGACUUUGCCCACAUCCUGUUGCGUUUCACCAACGUAGACGACAUUGCAGGUUACCUGGACAAUGUGCGCAAGAGCAUUACAGAUGAGAAGGGAAUCACCUUUGAUGAGUUCAGAUCCUUCUUCCAAUUCAUGAACAACUUGGAGGAUUUCGCUAUAGCCAUGCAAAUGUACAACUUUGCCAACCGUUCCAUUGGCCAAGAUGAGUUGGCCCGUGCAGUCUAUGUGACGACGGGGCUGAAGCUGACUGAACACCUGGUCAACACUGUGUUCCACAUCUUCGACGAGGACCGUGACGGACAGCUCAGUUACAAGGAGUUCAUUGGUGUCAUGAAGGACCGGCUGCACCGCCGCACGGCGUUUAGAGUGGAUGACAAGAAGAAGUUCACCUCUUUCAAGUCCUGUCUGAAGAAGGAGAUCUCGUCAGGCAGAUAGAUCACCAGCUGAAUGUCCUGCACUCUCAGUCUGCACCCCCCUCUACCUGGAUAGACUUCCCCUGAUCCAUGAAGAUCAUUCAAAACAACAGUGCAGUUCAUUUUACUAUCAAUGUGAAGAUGAGAGAAGGAUAGACUAAUGUGUCAGUCUCUGCAUAGUCGUCUAAAAAGUGGAAAUGAAAUGAAAUAGGAUUCUCCCCACCUAGGCCUAGUUGGAUGCUACUCGAGUUGUUUUCAAGUUGAGAUUGAUGUGAGAAGGAGGAUUUCUCUGACAAAGGAUUUCUCUGAUGACCCUAAGAGUAAGCCAUUUUAAAUACCUGAAGUCUUAAGCUUGUUGUUCAGCUUUCAGUCUGAAAUCAACAAUAUGUAGUACUGUGAUGUUAAGUUGCAUUGAUGGUAUUUUAUUUUUCUACCAGAUUGUUAAAAAAAAUGAAAUCAGGGGAAUGCUAUGGAUCAGGACUGGUGUAACACCUUCCUGGUCUUCUACAAGUCACACGAGCUGAUCGGGUCACUGGAAACUCCAACCUAUUGUUGCAACAGAUUUAUUCACCCAGGGUGAAUAUAUUAUUGGUUCAUCAUUCACCAUUUUACCGUAUUAAUUUGUUAUUAAUUAGUUUGUUUAUCACUGUAAGUCUUUGAAAAGGAAAAACCCAUUUGGUUGUUUUGUUGCUGGCAGGCUGUAGCUCUGACAGUGUGUGUAGUAUUGUUCAGUGUGGUUCCCUCCCAGUCCUAAACCUGCUAAUCUGCCUCUAUGCAUUGCUGACAUACUUUCUCCAAGCCUGUCUGCAGCCCACUGCACAGAUCAGCUUACGCAGGGGAGUACAGCCUCCCUCUUGUGUUCUGUUCACACGGCUGCCUUCUGCAGCUCAUUCUCAAAUAACUCAGUGCCAGCUAGCUAACACCUUUCAGAUUGGGCUUUUAUCUCUGGGGUUCAUUGUGUAAAUAGAGGCAGCUAACUCCGUUAAUAAUUAUUAUAAUCAAGAGUUUACUCUGAUGUAAUGGAGAAAUUCAGUGUGUAUAUUAACUAUACACACUAUUCACACUAGGCUUAUUCAGACUACUGACAGGGAUUCUAUACAAUGAGGACUUUAUGAAUUUGUGGUAAUUGUUUUUACUAAAGGCAAAAUACAAUGUUUAAAUAACAUGAGAUUACUGUUCAGAGGCGUACCUAUGUUUAUUUCCCAAUGGGUUACCCAGGAAAAUCUUAUUCUACUGUGUACCAUCGUGACAUAUAUAUUUUAAAAUGUCAAAUAUAGUGUAUAUGCAUUUCAGUGAUGUUUUCUAGAGACUGUAGUUCUGGUCUGAUGUGGUGGAUUUCCUGCUUGAAUAGAGACUUGGGUCUCUAUUAAAUCUGUAUCACAGAAAUUCAGCAUUACAGCGUGGUUGGAAUUUAAGGCAAUGUUCCUGUAUUAGCAGAGACUGCAUUCAUUGUAAACGCUGCAGAUGUCGGCUCAAUAGGAAAUGGCCUUUACGUGUUUAGCAUGCUAUCUGCAAUGCUCCAGCGAAACAGAUUGAACAUAGCCCUUGGUUUGCUAGUUCCAAUGUCUAACAAUAUAAUCUUGUAUGUUACAUAUUAAAUCAAAUAAAUGGAUUUGUCUAAUUCGCCUACUUCUUUGCAUGGUAUAACAUAAUACAUUAGUAAUGUGAAUAUCCUACAUUUCCUCUUAGUUUACCUAUUUUGAAUGAUGUUUGGAAGUCAUGUGAAUGACAGCUCUCUCUACAGAACUUUGUUUAGAUGAUCAAAUGGAUUACACAGGCUGUUACAUUGACUUGGUAAAUAAAGAUGUUAAGAACAAU